UCGGCAACCAAAUCACAGUCCGUGUGAACCCUUUCAAACCUGAUCAUCGACCUUCACACUUCUGAGCCUCAAUAACCCCAUACCCAGUCAAACAAGACCAACAUAAAGACCCUAGAGACAAAACAAAGCAAUCCAAACAAAGCACUUGUUCGGCAAAGAACUCCUGUCUACAAAGCCACUCAACCGACACGUUACUUUACCGGCCCAGAAGCCCCAGUUGGCCCUUUUAAGAUUUACGUACUGUACUUGAAGCUAUUUUCGCAAUAUGCGGUACGUUUACUAUGCCUCUUUUUAUACGGAGUCGGCUAUGAUUCCUGCCGGGGCGCCGGAACGGGAGUACUGGGUUCAGAUGGCUGGGUUUCUGGAGGAAUGCUUGAGGGUUAUAGAGUUUGCGGAGGAUGAUCGGUUUGAGUUGAGGAGGGUUGGGCUGGAGGCUUUCAAUAUGAGGGAUCCUACUGAGAUUUACUUUGAUUGUGAGGGGUGGGAGUAUGAUGAUGAUGAUGAUGAUGAUAACGAUGAUGGGUUUUAUGAGUUUGUGGAGGAAGGACGGAUAGGUGAGACUGGUGAGGAUGACUUAGAGGGAGAAAGGAGUCAGAUUGCCGAGUUCGUUCAGGCCACGCAGGAUGGACGGGAUAUUGGGGGCGAGACCAGAGAGGAGAUUGAGGACAGAGAGGUCAGGGAGACCAUCCAGCAGCAUGUUAGCCAAGGCGAGGGAGGUGAUAAGCGAAUCUACAAUGAUAUACUCAUUACGUUCAAAGCGCGCCAUCUUUAUGGCGCAACCUUUGAGUGGCAUGAUGAGCAGGGAAAACCGACGCCUUCUGAUAUCAGAGACCAGCUGCGGCAGAAUGUCACUCAUGAUCUCCGUGAGAUCGAUACUAAGCAUGGCGGCCGACUGUACAAGAAGCCUGCUCUUGGUUUUCGGUGAUUAUCUGGUUCAUGCUCAGGAGGAUAGUGUUCGAUGUUUGUAGGUAUGUGUAUUUCAACAAUCGAUGUCUAGGGGGGUUGUUAUGGAUGAAAGUCCUUCAACUGGGGUUAAUUGCUCUACCAAAAACGUCGGAAAACAUGAAAAAGGAAGUCGUUGGUGGGAGUUUCAACACAGGUGAGCAACGCUCCCUGUCUGUACCAGGUGGUUUCUGGAAAUCUGCCAGUGUGUAAUCCUUUAUUGUUAACAUCACUACUCAAAAAAAAUGCCAUAAUAUUUUAUUCAUUCCUGCUAACUACCUUACACCUGGGCGAGAGUGACAUAUA